AUGCUCAUUGUUUUGACUGGCUCAAACUGGCGCGAAGUUUAUUCACAAAGAUCGUCAAUUUCAGUUUAGAUAGUUUUAUAUAUAUAAAUUUAACAACUUUAAUUUUUUAACAAUGGAACCAGAUGAACUUGAAUUUGUCGGAGAAAACACAACCAUUGGAGUGAUACCCAACUUUAAUCACGAUCCGAUUUACCUCAUAUCCGGUGCCAUUGGCCCAUUCCGGGGAGGCCAACCCUUGCACAUUCCGCUGUGGUUUGCGAUACAUCUGAGGCAACAGCAAAAGUGCCGGAUAGUUCCUCCGCUUUGGAUGGACAUCAAUUUGCUGGAAGACAUCAAGGAGGAGGAAAAACGCUCAAGAAAUUUCACAAAAAUGCCCAGUGAACACUACAUGGUAGAGGCAAAACUGGUUCUCAACACAGCACCGGAAGACGUUCCCCAGUCGGAUGAAAUCAAAACCCUAAUCAAGGAUAUUUGGGACAUUCGGUGCGCCAAGCUACGGACGACGACGGACAUGUUCAUCAAGGGCGAGGGCGAAAUGGUGAAGCUGGACAACAUUACGAUAGUCGAGUUGAAUACCAUUCGGCCUUUCUUGCCACACGCGAUGGAUAUGUUGCUGCGGAUUCUAAACGCCAAGAAGGGUCUCACCCAGAAUUCGUCCGUACACAAUCAGUCGGCCACGAUGAACAGCAUGAGCGGGUCACACUCACGGUAUACCUAACGGUUGUGGUGUUUUAAUUUAUUUUAUAAUGUAAAUUAUUACAAUUGUGGAAAACAUAUGGCUCGACUUUAAGAUACCCAGCUUCGCAAAGCUUCGUUAUCAAAUACUGCGCUGUUUCAGAGUAAGGUUUGCGAACAGAUUAUGUACGUAUUUAUGUUUAAGAACGAAUAGAGUUGUAAUAAAUUAAGCUAUAAAUUGUACAGAUUA